ACCAAUAGUGGCUAGACCGGGAAGUGUUACCAUGAUGGAAACAUCUCUACGAUAUCUGCUCUUUCCUUGUUUGCUGCUUUGCUGCAGAACAGAUGAAGUCCUCGCAGCUGGUCUGACUGUGAGUCCCAGCAGAUCUCAGUUCUUUAAAGGAGACUCUGUGUCCCUGAGCUGUGAGGAGUACAACAGCUCUGCUGGAUGGACUGCGAGGAGGAACACAACAAGAAGAACAAGAACUCAGUGUGGAGAUGGAUGGGGGAUACCAUCUGGUUCCACAUGUAACAUCUCCUACUUGUUCACAUUAGACAGUGGAGUUUACUGGUGUGAGUCCAGAGAGGGAGCAGCCAGCAGCAGCAUCCAGCUCACUGUCACUGGUGGAUCAGUGAUCCUGCAGAGUCCUGUCCUCCCUGUGAUGGAGGGAGAUAACGUCACUCUAAGCUGUCACACAAAGACCGCUCCCUCCAACCUCCCAGCUGCUUUCUAUAAAGAUGGCUCCCUCAUCAGGACUGAGCCUGCAGGUCACAUGACCCUCCACCAUGUGACCAGCUCUGAUGAAGGCCUCUACAGGUGUAACAUCAGCGGUCAUGGAGAGUCUCCAUCCAGCAGGAUCUCUGUCUCAGUGAAACCAUCAACUAUUGCCCCGACCACAUUCCUUUCUCCUUCACCUUCCUCCCCUCCAUCUCCUCCCUACCUGCUCCUGUCACUUCCAUUUGUCAUCGUUGUGGUUCUGCUGCUGGUUCUGGUUCUGAUGGUGAGACGAUGUGUUCAGAGAAACUCGGAAGGUGGUUGCAGUUGACUGGUGGGCGUGGCCCACACCUGCUGCUUAUCAAGGAGCUUUCACCUUGGGCUUUAUAAGGAGUUCAGAGACAGCUGGAAGA